AUGUCAAUCGCUAUUGUGCAGGCGGGUACGGUAAUUUAUAAUACUCCAGCGACCCUCGAUAAGUUAGAACAGCUCACGAAGGAGGCUGCUAGCCAUGGAGCGAAGCUAGUCGUGUUUCCAGAAGCGUUUGUUGGUGGCUAUCCGAAAGGGUUGGAUUUUGGUAUUGUACUAGGAACCCGUUCACCGGAAGGUCGUGACGAGUUUAGGAAAUACUUUAACUCGGCGAUUGAGGAGAACGGCCCGGAAUCACGGCGCAUCGCGGAAAUCGCCACCACGAAUGACGUCAUCGUGGUCACAGGAGUUGUCGAAAGGCAAGGUGGAACGCUGUACUGUUCGGUCUUUUUCUACGGCCCAGAUGGAUAUCUCGGGAAACAUCGAAAACUAAUGCCAACAGCAUUGGAACGAUGUGUUUGGGGAAAUGGGGACGGCUCAACGAUGCCCGUAUUCGAUACGUCAAUUGGAAAAAUUGGCGCUGCAAUCUGUUGGGAAAAUUAUAUGCCGAUGUAUAGAAUGACAUUAUAUAACAAAGGGAUAGAGAUCUAUCUUGCAUGUACGGUAGACGAUCGAGAUGUUUGGUUGCCUACAAUGAGAACUAUAGCGCUUGAAGGACGUUGUUUCGUGAUCUCAUCAGCUCAAUUUUUGACCUCGUCCGACUACCCUGAAAAUCAUCCCAUGCGAGAAAAACAUGGCUUGGAUAAGGUAUUGAUUAGGGGCGGAUCAUGUGCUGUGGACCCGCUUGGCACUGUGCUUGUAGAACCGGACUUUACGAAGGAAUUGAUACAUUACGUGAACGUCGAUCUAUCACAAAUAGCGUGUGCUAAAAUGGAUUUGGAUACAGUAGGACACUACAGUCGCCCGGAAGUGUUUCAACUGAUAGUUAACGAGAAACCAUACAAACCGGUGGUUAGACAUACGGAAUGA